GCACACCCAGGAGCAUAGCAUCUGAUAAGUGGAGUGGUUUGGGUUCUAAUACCAGUUCCCCCUGCUUUUUUUUUUUUGAUGUUUCCAGGUCUGACAGAGAAAGAACUCACCCCAAGGAGACUGAGGCUCAUUCUGGUGGGGAAAACAGGAAGUGGGAAAAGUGCAACAGGAAACACCAUCCUUGGCAGGGAAGUAUUUGAGUCUAAACUCAGUGCUAAACCAGUGACCAUGGCUUUCCAGAAAGGGAGGCGAGAGUGGGAUGGAAAGGAACUUGAGGUGAUUGACACUCCAGAUAUUCUGUCCUCUCAGGUCCAGUCAGAAAUAGCGGCUAAGGAGAUCUGCCAAGUCAUAGCCUUCUCCUCCCCAGGGCCUCACGCAGUGCUUCUGGUGACACAGAUGGGCCGCUUUACAGAACAGGAUCAACAGGCUGUCAAGCGUCUCCAGGAGAUCUUUGGAGAGGGGAUCCUGGCUUACACCAUCUUAGUGUUUACCCGGAAGGAAGAUCUAGCUGAUGAACCCUUGGAUAAAUACAUGAGAGAGACUGACAACCAGAGCCUUGCCAAGCUGGAUGUGCUCUGUGAGCGGCGCCACUGUGGCUUCAACAACAGGGCGAAGUGGGUGGAGAAGGAGGCCCAGCUGCAGGACCUCAUGAAUAAGGUUGAAUGGAUCCAGUGGGAAAAUGAAGGUCACUGUUACAGCAACAGGGCUUACUAAUACUCCCAGCAGAAGGUUCUGUGCCAAGAAGUCCGGGAAAGACAUAUGACCCAGGAGCAAGAUUCCGAAGAGGUGCUCAACAAAGACUCUUGGCUGGAAGUCUUGUCCAAAAUCCAGGAGGAAUCUGAGAAGACUUACAAAUGCAUCUUGGGGACGAUGUCUAUCUGAGUCCAUGCACAUGAGCAGGAAAUUGCUCAGUCCCUGCAUCCCCAUGUCCAGCCCUACUAUGGACUUUGUUCAUACUCCUAGAGCACUGCCCAAGUCCCCAGGUCACAGUAGUGUGGCAGAGGGUUGGGGCUCUCAAUUCAGGUGCCUGGCUCAUAUACCAGCUCUCCACUGCUUCUUCUAGAGCACUGGGCUCUCCUUCCACCAUAUCCCAACAGCCCGCUAUCUGCAUAUGUGACCUUCUACCUCACCAAC